AUGGAUUUCAACGUAACUUCGCGAAAACGAGCCGCACCCUCCGUCGCACAGGGUCCCGGCGCGGUCGGUGCUGACGGUCGCGGCGUAGGUCCUUCGGGAUGGAAAUCCUCCGCAGGAAGCGGCGGAGUUUCAGCGUGCCAGUUGUCGAUGUACGACGAGGCGCCGGUGGGGGAAGAGGUGGCCAUGGAGCAAUUCGAGGAGUUCGCGUUGGACCGGCUCCGGGUGCUCAAGGCCAUCGACGACGCCAAGGCGCGCGGAACAAAGGUGGACGAGCUCGACAGCAUGGUUCCAUUUGAGGAAGUCCCUGAUUUGGUGGCUUCUCGCAGGGUCUAUCUCGAAAAGGGCUUUGCUUUUGUCCCUAGAGACCAGCUGGCGGCGAUUGUGGUGGGUCAGUUUAGAGCCAAGCUGUCCAAAGCACUCGUGGCGACCAACAGGAAGUGGCUUGCUCACAUACAGGAAGACGAGCAGGAUCGCUUGACACCGGUGAUUGAGGCGCUCAGCACACGCUAUCUAGGUCCCGACUUCUCCCAGCCUGGCGAGACUGCUGAGGUGUCGCUCCGUGAUUUGGACGUCGUUGCGCGGCAGUCUUUCCCGCUCUGCAUGCGACACCUCUUCUUCAAGUUGAGGGAGGAGCAUCAUCUGCGGCAUGGGGGCAGAAUGCAGCUAGGGCUGUUUCUCAAGGGCAUCGGGCUGAGAUUGGAGGAUGCACUCACAUUCUGGCGCUCUGAGUUCUCCAGAAAGAUGGGUGUGGAGCGGUUUGACAAGGAGUAUGCGUAUGCCAUCCGGCACAACUAUGGCAAGGAGGGCAAGCGCACCGACUACACCCCCUUCUCCUGCGUGAAAGUCAUCAUGAGCACACCAGGCGUGGGAGAUCACCACGGGUGUCCCUUCAAGCACCUUCAAGCACUUCAGCGAGGACAACUUGAGAGCUGCCCUUUCUCGCAUGGGGGUGACUUCAGGGGCAGCCGUGGACGGGAUUAUGCAGAAGACACGGCAGCAGCACUACCAGGGCUCGCCAUCAUGGGGAAGGCGGAGAUUAUAUCGAACGUCUUGCUAGCCGGACUAUCCGUGGCUCCGCUCUUCGUUAAAAUCAACCCCAACCUUAAUGUCGUCGCCAUGGCUUCGCUAACCGUGUUCGCUGGCUGUUACCGAUCCGUCAAGCCGGCCGCUCCAGCUGAGACGAUGUCAAAGGAGCACGCCAUGCGCUUCCCUAUCAUCGGCAGCUGUGUGCUCUUCUCGCUCUUCCUGCUCUUCAAGUUCCUCCCCAAGGACCUGGUCAACAUGGUGCUCAGCGCUUACUUCGUCUUCCUGGGAGUCAUGGCCAUCGGGGCCACAAUUCUUCCCCUUGUGGCGCGAUUCGUGCCUGCAAAGUGGAAUGAGGAUAUUUUCUACUGGAAAGCACCCUAUUUUAAAGAUUUUGAGAUAGAGCUGACGAUGGCGCAGGUGGUGGCGGGAAUUCCCAGUGCGGCCUUCUGUGUGUGGUACGUCACGCGCAAGCACUGGUUCGCCAACAACGCCCUCGGCCUCGCCUUCUCGCUGCAGGGCAUCGAGAUGCUCUCCCUCGGCUCCUUCACCAUCGGCGCCAUUCUGCUGACUGGUCUUUUCUUCUACGACAUCUUCUGGGUCUUCUUCACUCCGGUUAUGGUUUCUGUUGCCAAGUCAUUUGAUGCGCCCAUCAAGCUGCUGUUCCCAACUGGUGACCUCGCAAGACCUUUCUCCCUGCUGGGACUGGGCGACAUUGUCAUCCCUGGCAUUUUCGUGGCCCUUGCUCUAAGGUUUGACGUCUCAAGAGGCACUGGGCCGCGUUACUUUGUCUCCACCUUUGCUGGUUACAUGGCUGGCAUCAUCACCACCAUCUUCGUUAUGAACUACUUCCAAGCUGCUCAGAAAAUGGAUCUUGGGCCCUGCUCCAGGGAGCAUUCACUCCGCCUGCGAAAAGAGUACGAGGAAGCGAAGGCGAAGGGUCUGGUGGACUACGAACGAGAGCUGGAGGGCAUUUUGGAGAAGCUGAUCGUGGAGUGCGAUCGCAAGAUCCAACGGUCGUUCAAGCGCUUGGAGGACGAGGAGGGCGCGGCUGCUCUGAACGCCGUUAAAGUGUCCGAAGUCACUGAUUCACCAGAGUCAAUAGAGCUGACAAAGAAGAUCUAUCAGAAAAUGGCGGAGGUCGAUCAGCUGGAGAUGGAGAACAAGAUGGACGACAAGAUUCGGGCCAUGGAGGAACUAGAGAAGCUCAAGCAGGAGCGAGCGGACAAACAGGCCGCAUCCAUCCUUGACGCGUUCAACAAGGAUCGCCUCUCCGGCCCGCCAGCCCCUGGGGGGCCGGCGGUGGCAGCACCCAUGCUGAACCAGCCGGACAGCAAGACGCAGGAGAUGAUAAAGGAGAAGCUAAGGCGCGCUGAGCAAGCUGGAGAGGAGGGACGAGUGGACGAAGCUCAGAAGCUCAUGGAGGAGGCGGAUGCGCUUAAGAAGCUUGCCAUGGCACCCAAGCCUGACCCGAUUGCAAGCCUUGGCUUCCAGAUUGCGGAUCAGAAGCUACGGGUGUGCGACAUCUGCGGGGCGUUCCUCAGUAUUUUUGACAGCGACAGGCGGCUGGCUGACCACUUUGGGGGGAAGCUGCAUCUGGGUUACCUGUUCAUUCGCGACAAGAUCAAUGACAUUCGGGAGAAGAGGAGGAAGAAGGAUGAGCUGCGGUGA